GCAGCUCCUCUGGGUGGAGUAAAGUUUAGACAUGUAGUACAGCUAAUUAUCCUAACGGUAUGGCAGAGUGGAAAAAGCUCUGAAAAAAGGCCAAUAUAGCCGCGGAAAAGGGGAUAGAAAGUGCCGGGCUCUCCAGGAUGGGUGAUGUGAGCGAAGAGUCGCUGCUGGAUUAUUUCUACUCUGCCGGUGGGAACUCCGGCAGAGUGAGAAACGCUGACAUCCUGAAGACAUUCAAGCCCUUCAUUGGCCACAGCGAGCCGCAGCUCCGCGCUAAAUACAGAGAGGAAUUCAAGCUCAUCAUUGACCGAAUAGCUGUGGUGAAGUCAGAGAAUGGAGAGAAAUAUCUCAUCCUAAAGAAAAAGUACAGACACUUGAUGCAGGAGCGGGAAACUAAACAUCAUGGGCCAGACGGAGAGCCAGAGAGACGUCAGAGCCCGGCCACUGCAGAGUGGGACACCCAGACAGCAUCAACCUGCAAGAAGGAAGAGCAGGAGGAGCCGAUGUCAUGUGGAGAACAUGAAGAAGAGGAGCAGCAGGCAGGAACAGACAACGUUCAGAACUCUCAGCACCCACCUUCCGCCGCCCACACCAACGAGCCCUCGGCGCUCAGUAACGGGGAGGAUGAGCUGGAUAGGGAUUCGACAUCAAAGUCGGAGUCGGAGCAUGACGAGGAGUCCACAGGCAGCAUGGGCUCCACUUCUGUCGCUCUGGAUCCUACAGAGAAAGAGUGGAUCUACCACGCCGCCAGCGCUCGAGUGCCUGACCUCUCCCAGCUCCUCAGGCUGGAGCCCUCGCUUGUAAAUAAAAAGGACUUCACCUCGUUUACUGCUCUGCAUUGGGCCGCCAAACAUGGCAACAAAGACAUGGCAACGUUGGUGGCCGACGCCGGAGGCGACGUCAACAAUAAAUCACAUGGGGGAUACACACCUCUGCACAUUGCAGCCUUGCAUGGUCAUCGACACAUUGUUGAUCUACUCAUUGGAACUUAUGGGGCAAAAGAAAACGUGCGGGACUACAGCGGCCGUCUUCCUUUCCAUUAUCUGAGUGUCAAAGACCUCGAAGGUCCGCAGGAAGACUGCGACCUGCAAUUUCAAGUCGCUCAAGCCAGAGAGAGGAACAAGAAUAGGAAGUUGGUGUCGUUGUUCCACUCUAAGAAGAAGUGGGGUUCGGCGGAGGAGCUGGCUCCGAUAGAGGAGGAGAGGACGGCGUCCCAUCAGCUGUCCCUUCCUCCUUUUAGGCCCAGAAAGUUCUCCCGCUGAGGAGAAAAGCAACUUCUUCACUUACUUUCAUACGCAAAUAUGGACCAAAAGUAGUGCCGUAUAUCAUCUAUAAGAGCACCCUUAAACUCACACAAAACUAAACAGUUCAGAACAACUUGAACGCAGAAAGGAAACAAGAUGCUGCAACUUUAAAUCAGUUAAAAUCACUGCAAGUGCUGCUUUAUUUACGUUAUGCUUUUCACUGAAGUAUUUUGAAGUUUUUUUUGAAUGUUACUUUAUGUUACUUAUGACGUAGCGUGUUACAGGGUCACAUCGGCUCAGGCCGCAUGAUUCUCAGAGCUUUGCUUUUUUAUUCAGAGUAAUUCAGGCUAAUUUGAUACGCUGGAGAUGAGUGAAACAAAUUUAAUUACUCUGCAGUAUUUUUACUCAGCAUUUUUACCUAAUUGAUAUUUGUGGGGGAAAAAAAGAGGAGAAAACAUGUUUAAGUUGAUUAAAUUUGUAUAGCAUUGCAGCAUUAAUGAGUGUAAAAACACAUUGGUCAAUUCUUGAAAAAUGUUUAUUAAAUUCCCUACCCGUUUUAAACAUAUAGUGUUUAAAAAUUUAGGUAAGUUGGUUUUCUUAAAAUAGGUGUAUUUUCUCUUGAUUUCAGCAAAUGGUAACAUAUGUCAGGGGAAAAAGAACAUAUAUAAGGUUAAAAAAAUUUUUAAAGGCAAAAUUAAUGAUUCCACUGCUCAGAUUAAAGGCAAAUACACUAAUUUUAAGAACUUUUAACUCAUUUUUGAAUACUUUAGUAAAUAUUUGUACAUGAAAAUCCAUUUUUAUUUUACAAAAAAAUAUAUAAUCCACUUAUAACAUUAGCUUUACAACCAUCACCCGGGAAUCCAAGUAAAAUAAUAAUAAUAAUAAAAAAAAUAGCUACUUUCAUGCGAGACGAAUCAACUUUGUUUUGUAUGAAAGACAAAACGGCUUAGAAAUAAAACCUGUAGAUGUUUUCAGCUCAACUGUUUCAUCAAUAAAACACAAGGAAGUAAAAGAGGAAAGGAGAAUUCCUCAUUUUAAUAUUUAACAUCUUUAAACUUUGAUUUAAAAUUAUUUUUGAAAUGUGAACUUUUUGAGAAACUUAUGGAGGAAAAAAAAACCAAACAACUAUCCUGGAUUACAGAUCUGUUCAAUUGCGUAUUUUAGUUAGUUAGUUAGUUUUUUUAGUUGCUGUUCUUUAAAGGUCCAGUUGCCAUGUUUUUUCUGCAAACCGAUUAUUGUCACUGUUUUUAUUUAUUAUAAAACUGAAUCACCAUUGGUUGCAUUUUUAUCUUGUGUAUUCUGUAUCCCGCUGUUCACCAUAUUUAUACGAUACAAAUAUUUUUGAAUGAAGCUUUCUUUUGUAUGAAACUGAUGAGUCUUUGUUUUAUUUAGCUAGUUGUUGGAAUCCGCUGCUGCUUCCAGUUUGUCUUACUUUAAUAUUUGUUUCCUUUACUUUCUACCCAGUGAGGUGAGUUUCCAAGCAGCUUUGAUCUCAUCUGAGCUACCUGACUUUGUGGGCUACAGAUGGAGUAAAUAUGGCCCCCCUCUCACCCUCCACACAGCUUUGGACUCCUAAUUCCUGAUUAACUGAGAAAGGCCCAGCACUUGCUUUUGGAUCUUGGAUAUCAGACGACACAGAGGGGAACAGAGGCGAGUGUUUUUGUGCUUCAUUUUUGAAGCGGGAUGUUGGAGGGAUAAGAGGGGAGUUUCUGUAAUAGAUACUUAUCUCACUGCCCUCAAGCCCCUCAAACAAAGUCCCCUUCUGAAGAGAUUAUAACCCAGGGAGGGCACAUUAACUUUAAUCCCAUGCUUUGAGGCCUUGCACCCCCAACACCAGGCCUCUGCCCCACUUAUUUUAACCCUUCUGUUGUUAUGUCGGAGAAGGAGGUGGGGGCAUGUUUCUAGUGCAUGUAUGUGUUAGUUCUAUGGCUACACACAAAGGUAAUGUGUGUGUGUUUGUAUGCAAGCGGGGGGGUCUGUUUCAGUAGCACGCUGACUCUAAUGAAAAGUGUUGAGGGGUGCAUACUGCUGUGUAACUGAUUCCUCUCUCUGAGGAGAUUAGGCGCUACAUUGUUGGUUCGGUUGCUCAUUUCCAUGAGAGCGCAGCCUCCCACCAGCGCCUGCUCGGCUUUGUUAUUUUGAGUCGGGACAACACUGGGCCCAAAGUCCCGGGCUUCCUUGUUGCUUUUGUUUUACAAAUGGGCCAAAAUGUAGAUGUCACAUCACAGAUGCUCAAUAACCUCAUUAGCUACUCUCUGUGAGGCUUUAGAGAGAAAAUAAUGGAUGCAUGAACUUCACUUUGUUCACAGGGCACCAGUUGCGGUAAAAGGGGGAAUCUGGUAAUGUUCUGUUUUCCUGUAAAUUU